CAGCCUCCUUUAGUGGGAUGACUCCAGCCAAUGACGUCUCUCCAGCGUCUGUAUUUGCGGAAAUGCUGUGUUUCAGUACAGUGGUGGGCUUGAGCUGAGUGCAGCUGCUUUCACAGCCCUUCUUCAUAAAAGAGUUCUCACAAGUUACUUCAGCUGAAGUAUUAUUCCCCUUCAAGUGAAAACAUGAACGAAAAAACUGAUGAAAGAGACUUUUGGAGGAACUCUUGUCAGCUUUAGGAGGGAUUGUUUAUCUUCGAGCAGAUGCUCAGGUGUGUCUUGCUUGCUGUUCUCUGGACUUCGCCUCAAACUAAACUUCAGUCAUGAGCCUCUUUCCAUCCUUGUUCAAGAUCAUAAGGAAGGGGAAGUGUCUGUUUCUUCUACUGUUGUGUCUUUGCGUUGUCGCGUGGAUCGCAACGUUCUCAAAUGACGACACAGAUAAGGCUGUCCAGGACGGAUCGAAUUCUCCCGACGAUAAGGGUGUCGGAGGGUUUGCUCAGAUGGAGCUGGAAUCAGAGAUGAUGCAGAGCGUCGAGGAGCGUGUCGAGGAGCAGGCUGCCAAAGAGAGCUGUCCAGAGCAGUCACCCCUGCUCCGAGGUGCUAUCAAGCUGUCAUUUGAUCCCUCGCUGACGAUAGGGCAGGUAGAGAGUGAAAACGGGGAGGUGGUGGAGGGUCAGUACAACCCCUCUGACUGUACGGCCAGACAGAGCGUGGCCAUCCUGAUCCCUCACAGAAACAGAGAGAAGCACCUGCUCUACCUCCUGCACCACCUUCACCCGUUCUUACAGAGGCAGCAGCUUCACUACGCCAUCUACGUCAUUCACCAGGCUGGAGAUGCCACAUUUAACAGGGCAAAGUUGUUAAAUGUGGGCUACCUCGAGGCUUUGAACGACCAGAGCUGGGACUGUUUCAUCUUCCAUGAUGUUGAUCUAGUUCCUGAGAAUGAUCAUAAUUUAUACAUGUGUGAGGAACAGCCUAAGCACUUAGUCGUGGGGAGGAAUUCCACUGGGUACAAACUCCGAUACAAAGGUUACUUUGGGGGAGUUUCGGCCAUGACGAAAGAGCAGUUCCUCAAGGUCAAUGGCUUCCCAAACUCCUACUGGGGCUGGGGUGGAGAGGACGAUGACCUGAGAAUAAGGGUGACACUACAGAAAAUGUCAAUAAUCCGUCCAUCCUCACAAGUGGCGCGCUACACCAUGGUCUUUCACAAAAGGGACAGCGGCAAUCAAAUCAAUAAAGACAGGAUGCGUCUGUUACGCCGCACUCAUCAGGCGUGGAAGACGGAUGGUUUGAACUCCUGUUCCUACAAAGUUCUGUCUGUCCACAGAGCACCGCUCUUCAUCAACAUCACCGUGGACAUUGGCCGGCCGGAGCGUGCUCACUGAGCAUUUGGAGACUGACAUUCAAGAGACGGUUUGCAUUGAAACCCAGCAUUCACCAGUGCCUGGCAGAUCAGGUUGCACCAGGUUGCACUUUGGAUCUGUCCAACAUUACUCUUUAAGCCCUGCAAGAUAAAAUGGGCAGAAUUCUGAUCAAACACUACUUUCUAAGUAUUACAAUAAUCAAGUAGAAUCAAAUUAGUCUGAUCAGGUAAACCUUUCGGGGUUGAAAUGAAUUUAAUAUUCAGCUAUAAUAUUCUAGUUAUGAAGUCAUAGGUUUAUAUAAUGUAUUCUGUAUGACUUGUGUUCGUUUAGGUCAUUACAGAAUAUGGCAUGACAUCUGGAGGUAAUGGAAAACAGAGGAGCUGUACCUGACAGGCUAAUAGGUAUAUAAUAUGUAGACUUCAAUACUGAUAUAGACAUGAAUGUAAAUGGGCAGAGGAGGUGUACUUGAGUCUUUACAACAAAUCUGCAUGUUCUGUGAUGAUGAUUCCAGCUGAACGUGCUUAUAAUAUCUGUCUGGUGGAAAUUUGUAGAUUUUGUAGUAGGUGUUCGGGUCCAAUGAUAUGGUUUAAUCAGUUCAGUUUCAUUUCAGUGAAAUGUAGCUGUAGAUGGGUUAAUUAUUUUACAUUUUUACAUUGUUCAGACAGAAUGGAUGUUAAUUCGUAACACUGGCUGGUGUUACCUUACUGAAUUUAUGAUCAGAGAAAAAGAGAUUUUGUCUGCUUAGGAUAAUAUCAUCUUAGGGCGUGUCCUCUUCUUUUUUUUAAAGAUCAAAUACUGUGUCACAAUCAGACUUUAAACAGUUUUUUAAGCAAUUACACUUAAAGACUAAAAAGUGCAUGAGGAUCUUUUAAGUAACAUCGUAUUUUCUGUGGACAUUAUUGGUUUAAUUUAAUUGUUUUGUUUUUGCUAGUCCUGAAAACCUGGUAUCAUAAUUAAAAAGUGACUUUCCACAGUUUUUCCUCAAAUUUUACAUUCUGUGGCACACAUUUAAAAUGAUUUGGGUGUUGUAACUGAACAUUUUAAGAAUUUUAUACUGUGCAGAAAUCAUGGGCAAAGGUUUGUGAAUAUUAAUGAGAACUUUCCACGAAUAGGGUACAAAUUACUUUUAUUACUUCUUGUAAAGCAGUCAAAAGGGCAGAAAUCCCAUGUUCUGUGAAAUAGAAACUAUUAGAUAAAAACUAUCUAACAUAAAAUUACCACAUGAGUAUUUACUUUUAAAAACACUCUAAAAACUCUCUACUCCAGCUGACUCUCGUAAUGUUGUGAUUUUAUUUUUUUUUUAAGUAUGUUUUGUUUGACCUCUUGAGGUUUCUUUGAAGAUGAAGCACUCCAUUUUGAUGAAUCUUUGUUGAAAAUGGAUUGAAACUUUUUGCAAGAAUUUAAAGUCUGGUUUUGUACCCUUUUCAUGGAAAGUGCCUACCACUGAUGCAGUGUUGAACCUGUGUGUGUUGGCUAUUGAUAAAAAGCCAGUUUACUGAUGUUAAUACUGCAAUAAAGAAUGAUAUUAAACAUACACAG